AUGCAGCCGGCUCAGCAGGCCCUAGUGGGCCAGAUCCGGCUGCUCGGCCGCGGAGGCGCGCGUGCGUUUGGGUCCGCCGCCGCAGCGUCCGCAUCCAUCACGCUGCCAAACGGCAAAUCGCUCGAACUGGCCGACGGGGACAUCAAGCUGACCAUGCCGGCCGAGUGGGCGCCGCACGUGGGCACUUGGAUGGCGUGGCCCAAAAGAUAUGACGUGUGGCGCAGUGGCGCGGGGCCGGCGCGCGCGGCGUUCACAGAGGUCAUCAAAGCGAUCUCACAAUUUGAACCGGUGACCGUGAUCGCGGCCCCCGAGCUGUGGUCGGACGCGCGCGCUGCGCUGCCAGAUCAUGUGAGGGUGAUCGAGAUGACUCACGAUGACUCGUGGCUGCGGGACAGUGGCCCCACGGUGGUCCUCGGGGAGAUCAGCAGCUGCCCAAGGCCGCCCAUAAGGACCGCCGUGGGCGUUGAUUGGAAGUUCAACGGGUGGGGGGACCUGUACGGAAGCUACGAGCUGGACAAGAAGGUGGCCCAGAAGCUGUGCGCCGCCGAGAAGCUGCCAUACGUCACAGUGGACAUGGUGCUGGAGGGGGGCAGCAUCCACGUUGACGGGGAGGGGACCAUGCUGACGACCGAGGAGUGUCUGCUGAACCCCAACCGAAACCCGUCGAUGACUAAAGACGAGAUCGAGGCGGAGCUGAAGCGGUACACCGGCGUCUCAAAAGUGAUCUGGCUGCCGAAGUGA